CUCCAGAAACAAGCAAAACUCCUGAAAGCUAUAGAAAGCUAUAGAACGGCCCUUCACAGGUCACACACAGGACAAACAGGGCUCCUGGCACAUAGCGUAGCGUUGUGUAGAUUAGCUCUAGUUCGAGGCCCAGCUCCAGUGCCACAGAGCUGUACUGAGGACUCGCACGACUGCUGGCACGCAGUUCAAGAAAAACCAACACACAGGCGGGACACCACCGCCGGGGCGCACGCCAGAGCUGUAAGGGCAAGUGCGCAGUCUCCGAUGACGGAUGCCGCUGCAGCUGUGUGCGUGGCAGACCGCGCCAAGCAUGCGGACGGGGUCUCCGUGUUCGACCUGGUAGCGUGGUCCAAAACCAGGGACGGGUCGCCCGUGCCGCCACGGCCACAGGCGCCGCUGCUGCGGCCCUCGCUCAAACCCUGGACCACCGCCUCUACCUCCAGAUCCACGUCGUCGCUCAAAAACGUGCGUUUCGCGCAUCAGCUGACCACGGUCAAGCGGUUCGACACACAGUCCGAGCCCAUCUCCAUCUCCACGGAGAACUCGCCACAGCUGGGCCCGCUGCAGGUGCGAGGCGAUGGCGGGGAGGUGGAGGACUGCGCCGGCGACGCUGACACCGACGAUGGUGACGACUUCUGGUUUGGAACCACCCUCUCCCGCUCCAAACUGUUUUCCUUUUCCCCCAAUGCAUCGGCCUCCUCCGCUGCAGCUUCUCAAAAACCCCCAGCUUUCCAUUUGUUCGACGCUGCCCUCUACAGCGAGAGCGACGAAGACAGCAGUGACUGCGAAGUGGAGCUCGAUUUCCAGCAACCGCGGCUACCCGCUGCUACUGCUGCUGCUGCUGCUGCUGCUGCCACGGGGACGUCCGCGGGCUCUUCGUCUCCACGUUUUGUGGUGGAAAAAUGGCAGCUACUCUACUCCAACAUAGAACCACUUAUCACGCGCAGAGCAGUGGAUCUGCAAUCGCACAUUCUCGCGCAUCUCAAAGGUCAAAACAUCAAGCUUAACAAAAUUUCUUCAUGCUUGGACUCCCACAAAAUUCAGGGCCUCGUUUAUGUCACCAACCUGAGUUUCGAAAAAUCGUUAGAAAUUAAAUUUACUUUCAACAACUGGCACGAUAUUCACUAUGUUCCCGCCCACUACCAUCGCACCGUUACUAGCGCCAUCGACGAGUUUAAGUUCACCAUCGAUUUAACAGGCUUGUCAUUUUUCAUGCAGUCCAAAAAUCUCUUGUUUUGCAACUCUCACAUCCGAGAGACUGGCUGUCCCUUGACGAUGGAACUAUGCUGCAGGUACGACGUCAAUGGCGAAACUUAUUACGAUAACAAUAACUACAAUAACUACCACGUCGACCUACAGGCGAUCACCCACCCUGUGGUGCGCAGAGCCUCUAGUUCUGCUCCUGAUCUAAGUGCUCUCACUGCUCCUUCCCCGCGGUACCAACCUUCAAGCACCACCAUGGUGAACACCACCACGGGAACAAGCUCAGGUAAGGCCGACUCCAGAUCUUUCGGCUCUGAUUUUUUGGUAUCCACCACACUUUCUCACGGCGCCUACACUAAGCCUGUGCCCAGGAACAUUAGUGCUGGCCGCAAAUUUUCCGAAGACACCGAUUAUUAUAAUACAUCUCCCCUUAAACAUUUAUUUCACAAUGAUACAACGUUGGCAAAGCCCUCCAGGAUAAACGAAGUGACUUUUGAUUACGAAACAAGUCCAUCUCAGUCUGCCGGCUACGCAGCUUCUCCUAUGAACUUCCUCUUUGGCCAGGACCAGCCAAACAAGCACUAUACGCAUACUCCCCCUCCGCCGCCAUCUCCUCCUCCCUCGUCCUCCACCACAGUAGGGCCACUCUCAAUACUACAAUAUCAUGAUAAACCUGAGGCUCCCCAUCUUUCUGGCUCCUUUGAGCGCUCCUUUGAGCGCUCCACCGACGUUACCUCAUUGGUGCAAGGCUCUAAUUUAAAACAGGAUUUACAUUUGCCUUCUGAUGUUUCGUCUACUACCACCUAUCGCAAUCCCUUAGCAGAAGUGGCACUCACUACUUCCGAGUCUAACUCUCACCUUACAACAACUAGCAGCUCAUCGUCAAUCGAAAGUCAACAUCCACGUUCCCUCAAUGGCCUAUCGUCUUCCAAGCUAAAGCGCGAUCUUUUCCUCUCAUCCGCUUCUGGCGAUAGCCCUAAGUUUACACCAGAUACUUCUACUACAUCAAUGGACUAUGAUAAACUCAUCCAAUCGUAUUGUUUUUAUGACCCAAAAGAGGACUCGACUUCUCCUCAGACAAUUCAUCCCUCGUCUUGGUCACGUCAUGUCUCCACAACAACCACCCCUGUUCUUUCUCCUACUGGGAAACAUGACUGGUUGUUAUAG